UACCGAUCGGACGGCUUACGAAGCCGUUUGGUCAAUAAGAAGCUCAUCGCGAAACUUGAGAAAGCAUAAUGUGCAUGUGAUGCACAAACGAUACAGCAAUAUCGUGUAUCAGUGCGGUACGCGGUGCGUGUUGAAAAAUUUUAUCGAGGAGGAAAGAAACAGCAAUGAAACUGUCUGAGAAAUAAGAGAGGAAUGUGCUGUUCCGGAUCGUGAAAAGCAAGAACUUCCAAGAGGGUGUUUUUUCCUAUAGUUAAAAGGAAAGGUCAACCCUUAUCCGGAUUCUAUACAAUGUACCGGCGGCCCACACCCACUGACUGUUUGUUCUUUAAAUUUAACCCCUUGCGACGUAUUCGAGGGUAGCAUGCCGUGUACUAUGUGCAUCUAUUAUCAAUACUGUCAUUACUUGCAAGAAAUACCUUAUAGUAAUAAACAACCUUAGAAAAUUCAUUUCUACAUGAAUAAGUUAUAUCUAUGACAUAAUCUUGAAGAUAAUAACAUUGAAUUCAACAUGUAUGCGUUAAAAAUGCAAACUGCCUGUCAGAGUGAAGCCAGUGGGGAGCCAGAAGAUCCUAGUAGCCAUCACCAAGAACCUGUUAAACCUCCAGUACAAGAUUGUAGUUCGUUUGACAUUGUUAGAGCAACACAGUAUGGAGCUUUGGAUAGAGUAACCGAAUUAGUAGAAGCUGGUGCCGAUGUAAAUCAGCCAGAUUCAGAAACUGUAACAUUAUUACACUGGGCUGCAAUAAAUAAUCGAAAAGAUAUUGUAAAGUACCUAAUUGCAAAGGGAGCUGUUGUUGAUGCAAUUGGUGGUGAACUUGCUUCCACGCCGUUACACUGGGCUACAAGACAGGGCCAUUUACCUACAGUUGUGAUAUUAAUGAGAGCAGGAGCAGAUCCAACUCUCAGGGAUUCAGAAGGAUUUUCAUGUAUUCAUUUAGCUGCACAAUUUGGCCAUACAUCUAUUGUUGCUUAUCUAGUCGCGAAAGGAGUAAAUCCGAAUAUGCCUGACAGAAGUGCAAUGACACCCCUUAUGUGGAGUGCCUAUAAAGUUAAUAGUUUAGAUCCGACACGCUUGUUACUGACCUUAGGAGCGUCUCAUUCGCUUACGGAUAACUUACAUGGCAAUACCGCUUUGCAUUGGGCUAUUAUAGCAGAAAAUAGUACAGCAAUAUCGACGUUAGUUCACCAUGGUGCAUCGUUAGAUGUGCCAAAUAUUCGGGAUGAAACGCCAAUGACACUACUGGGUCGUCAUAUCGGCGCUGCCUGGUUAGGACAUAAAAUCAGUCAAGAAAUCCGAGAAAGGCAGGGCAGAACAAGAACAUGGUGUAGAGAUAAAAGAAUACGCUGGUACUGUAUGGUCAGCACACCAUUUAUAGUUUUCUAUCUAAUUGGAAUGAUUCUUCAGUCGGGAUUGGAUUAUUUAGUGAAAUUAGGUGCCUUUGUUACUCUUUACAUAGCACUAUAUUUAGCUAAUCAUUUUGUCUUUGACGAACGAUUAUUUCAUAUUAUACCAAUGUCAAUUUAUUUGGCUACAAAGAUGUGGAUAUACGUUACAUGGAUCUUUUGGUUAGGCAUACAUGCUGCCUGGUAUUUAUGGUUACUAUUAGCGGGUGGAUCAGUACCGCUAUGGAUUUGUUUCUUACAAUCCUGGAGGGGUGAUCCAGGUGUGAUCACAGCUACACACGAAGACAAAUUAAAUACGAUUAUAGAGUUAGCAGAAUCUGGCGGUUUUGAACUACACUCAUUUUGCAGUAGUUGUUUAAUCAGAAGACCUAUGAGGUCUAAACAUUGUUCUACGUGUGAUCGAUGCGUAGCACGAUUUGAUCAUCACUGUCCCUGGGUCAACAAUUGUAUUGGUGUGCAUAACCACAAGUAUUUUCUGGGAUUUUUAGCCUCGCUAUUAGGCCUUUGUAUUGUUGUUUUAUCUGCUAGCGUACAGUAUUGGCAAUUUGAGUGUUGGACAAAUUUAACAAAUGGCCAUACUGCUGAUAAUUACCUAGUCGCUGCAGCUACAUGCGAUGCUUGGGUAAUGUGGGUCACAGCAAACACGUCUCUCCAUUUCUUCUGGGUUGGCACGCUAUUAGCUUGCCAAUGUUAUCAGAUUAUGGUUCUUGGAAUGACGACAAACGAGCGUAUGAAUGCCGGACGGUACGCGCAUUUUAAACAAGGAAAUCCUUUCCAUCGCGGUGCUAUCCAGAACGCAGCUGAUUUUUGCAAUAUAAGUUUCUGUGGUAUAAAAGCAAAACCCAGUUCAGACUGGUUACACAGUUUUGAUCAUAAACAAAGCAUCGAAAAGUUACCUCUACUCGCUACGAAAGACAACUUCCAAUACAUUUAGGAUUUUUCUAAAUGGUCAGACAACUGUUACGGAAGAUAUGUAAUUUAGCCAUCAGAAGCUAACUGUGUCAUAUCAUGUUAAUGCCUCAAGUAUUUCUGGGCUACCAAAGAGUUACUACAAUAUCGGAAGUGACUUUUCAGAAAAGGUAGUGAUUUUAUGCAUAUAAAGAUUUAAAUUGCAUACUGUAAACAAUUUCCUACAGUCAGUGAAUAUAAAUUUUAACAUUCAUCUACUGUAAAAGACUGUUCUUACGACGUAAGUAUGCAUAUCCCACCUUUGCGUAUUCUAUUUUCCAAAUAUGAAAUAGAAAAACAAGUUGCACAAGUACUUUGACUCUAUUUUUACAAAAGAAAAUGAUAAGAAAUUUCAUUUUUUUUUUCUACAUACUUCGUGUAAACGGAACAUUAAUACAAUUACUUUACUUUAUAGUGCAUUGUAAAUAUCUAUACUUUCUUUUCUUGUAAUCGUAACGUAAUCGUUAAAUAUCAGUACGUUAACAUGCGAUUGCAAGUUCGUUUUUUCGUUACUCUUUACUACUUCAUAUAUCCUAACAGGCGGUAGGUUCAAUCUAUAAAUAAUUUACUCGAGAAAAGUACAAUUUUAAUCGUACUGAAAGACGGAAUAUCUUUAUAAAAAAAAACCAUGACAGUCGGUUCUAUAAAAUCAUUGUAUAACGUAUUUUUAUCAAUAUUAUUUAUUACACUUAUUUGUACUUUGUAGCUUUUAAGCGUUGUAGAAAUUCGUAACAAACACUCUGAACAGCAAUAUUGUCACAAUUUUUGCUAAUAUCAUAAAAUUUUCAUAUUACACAUAAGGAAUUCAGAAUUAAUAUAUAAAGGAAAAAAGGUGUAAAAAAAAAACCAACUUCGUAACUUUUAAAAGUAUGGCAUAUUCAUAAUGAAAAGCUCGUGGGUAAAUUUUAAUUAAAUGAAAGAGUCAAAGAUUAUGCUAUAUGAUUAUAAAUAUUACUGUUGGCUAUUCAAUCAGUUUUUUCGUACUUAUAAAUAAGUUUACCUGACUUAAGUGCCAUGCUUCUACUCUUUAAAAGACAUCCACAUACACGCGUUUACACAACUUUAUGCUCUAACUUUAUAAGAAUUGAUUAACGUUGGCUGUUGUAUCUAAUCUAUUAUUGCAUUACGUGAAAAUGAAGUUUUAAUGAUAGCUAUAUAAAAUAUUUACAUCAUAAUAUGUAUAUAAAUUGUUUGCAUCUGUUUUGGUGGAUGUCAUACUUUAAUGAUACGGUAAAAUUUUCAAAGAAAUAUCUUAUCAAUUGUGAGUAGUAAAUUGAAGAAAAAAGAGAAGAGAAACAAAGGAGAAAUCUAAUACAUUUUUGUACGAUAAUUACACAUGUGACGAUAGAGAUAUUAUUAGAAAAUAAUCGUCGAAUAUUUUACAUUCCAAAAAUGUACUUCAGUUUAUAAUUGCGAAACUUUUUGUUUAAUUUGUAACGUUAGUACUUACGUUGUUAAGAGCAUAUACUCCCUUUUAGUAUGAAUAUCUUCAGCAUCAUUGACAAGUAUAAUGAUUAGAUUUCACUGUUAAGGUUGCAAGUGCUAUGUCAAUUCCACUUUCUAGCAUUAUUGAUAAUACUAAUUACUGAAUAUUGGUACUGUAAGAGUUGUGUUUCACGCACAAUUAAUGCAGAAAAAUAAACGUUUACCGAUUAAUUGCAUCCUUAACAGGAUACACUUAAGUAUAUUAAGUAUAAAAAUCUAAUUUACCAACGUUUGAGUAGAAAUGAGUCUAUGUAUGUAAGAUAUAUUUCUGUCAAUGAUUGCACGAACAAGUUACUCUAAUUGUUAAUAAUCUAAAGAAGUAUGUUAAAAGAGUGCGUAUGUUCUUAACAUUGCAUUUCCAAUAGGUGCCUAAAUGUCUGAUCAUUACCUUAUAGAAAUUUAUGAGAAUAGAUCAAAACUUUAAAUGUAUUUUAAGCUUAUACCGCAAUAAGUUUUUAAUAGUUUUUAAACAACACUAUGUUUCUUUGUUAAAUCUUGAUUAAGCAUUAUUAUCUUUCCGAUAACGACUACAUACAGCAAUUAUGUUUUAUAAUUUCAUCGUUCUUAGGCCGUUCAUGUGUGUACGACCAAUUACUUUAUACACAUUUAUUGUACAUAAUCAAACUUGUUUUCAUUCCUAAUGGUUUUGUAACUUCUUCCAAAAUCUUUAAUGUACGCGUGUACAGAGAAAAACUAACAUUCGGUACACUUGUCCAACCAUCGUUAAUUAAAAACAAGUUUGCAAUUGUUUGACUGAUUGUACAGAAUGUUAAGAGGUAUUUGUACAAAACGUUGAAACGUACAUAUAAGAUUCGAACGAUGAUAUUACAAACACGAAUACUCCACGUCAGAAUUAAUCCAAGAAACAUGUGUAUAAAUAUUAUAAAUACAAAUGUAAGUUAAUUUGUAACAAACACUAUUGACUACUUAUGCGAACGAACGUAUUUCUCAAAUAUUUCUUUUGACCGAGUGAUAAGCAUUUGGUAUUUAUUAAUGUAUAUUUCUGUUUCUAGUCCGAUUGAUAUUAAGCUAAUUUGAUAUUUAGAUUAUAUUUACUUCGUGUGAGCAAUCAGAUGCACUGAAAUUGUAUAGCGAGUAGUUUAUUCGUUUUCUAGGCAAGACAGACAAACAAAUUCUAUACUUAAUGGUCCGAUAUCAACGAAUAAAAAAACAACUGUAUUAUAACAUUUUGAGAAACAUACACGUAACAAACAGAUAAACAUAAAGAACUUUUAUAAUUAA